GGAAAAACAGACGCAAUGCCAAAACUGAUUUCAGAGGCCAAGUCAAAUUGGCUAUUACACGACAUAUCUAUGCGACAGAUGGAGAUGCAAAUUAAAAAAUCUAGCUGGCGAGGAAAAACGGGGAACUACAACUGUCAGCAAGCCCGCACUUGGCGGCCUUUUACACUUUAAACAUGGAAUACCAAUACCAACAUCUCAUAGAAACCUGCCUGGCACAUCAAAGAUUCUCUCAGCAACUACAGUUGUACCCCGGUUUUUGCAACCCCUGGUUUUGCAAUUCCUCGUAUAUCUGCAACUU